UUUUACUCAGUGUUGACAUUUGAUGCUUAUGAUUACUAUCAUUCCAAAACGACGAAACGUAGCGUGUUUUAUUGUUAGAGUCAGCUACAAAUAGACAAAUGGAAUCGAUUAGAAUAACACCAGGAUUUUGUCCGAAUUGUGGCUCAAUUUUGCCAUAUUUGCGACCAAUUGGUAGUGUAAAAUGUUAUACUUGUCUAAAAGAUUGGCCUCCAGAAGUGUUUGGCGAUAUGAAAGCAAAUUUCACAAUUCCAUUCAAUACGUAUGCAAAACCGAAGGGUGCGAAAAAAGAGGAAGGUGACGAGGGUCCGAUUGUUGAGAGAUUGUGCCCAAAAUGUGGCAACAAUACGAUGUCUUAUGCCACAUUACAGCUACGUAGUGCCGAUGAAGGCCAAACCGUCUUCUAUACAUGCACAAAUUGCAAAUUCAAAGAAACCGAGAAUUCAUAAAUGGCUGGAAUUGUUUGUAAAUUCAAGAACAAUAUUGAUUACAAUUCAUUCACACGUUGUGAAAUAAUAAUUUUUUUAGCUAAUAAAUAAAAAUGAACCGAAAACAAAUUGA